AUGUCGGACACCGCGACGGACCCUAACCAUAUUCUCGACCCUGGAGGUGAAAUUGAUGGUACCACAACCAUCGACUUGUCCGAACCUUGGAAGAAAGAAGUGCCAGGAAUUCCUGACGGGCGAGUAGGCGAUCCUAGCCAGAUUGUCAGCGUCUUGGUCGGAAGUGCCUUCGUCGUACCUCCCUGUCCAGCUCAGGGGCCAUAG